AUGGGGAAACAGAACAGCAAGCUAACCCCUGAGGUGAUGGAGGACCUGGUGAAGAAUACAGAAUUUAAUGAACAUGAGCUAAAGCAGUGGUACAAGGGCUUCCUGAAAGAUUGUCCCAGCGGUAAACUAAACUUGGAUGAAUUCCAGCAAUUAUAUGUUAAGUUCUUCCCUUAUGGUGAUGCAUCAAAGUUUGCACAGCAUGCCUUCAGAACCUUUGAUAAGAAUGGGGAUGGUACUAUUGACUUCAGAGAGUUCAUAUGCGCCCUGUCCAUCACAUCACGAGGAAGCUUUGAGCAGAAACUUAACUGGGCCUUCAACAUGUAUGACCUAGAUGGAGAUGGCAAAAUCACUCGAGUGGAAAUGCUGGAAAUUAUAGAGGCUAUUUACAAAAUGGUUGGCACUGUGAUCAUGAUGAAGAUGAAUGAGGACGGCCUGACACCAGAGCAGAGGGUGGAUAGAAUCUUUAGCAAGAUGGAUAAGAACAACGAUGACCAAAUCACUCUCGAUGAGUUUAAGGAAGCAGCAAAGAGUGACCCGUCUAUUGUACUGCUUUUGCAGUGUGACAUGCAAAAGUGA